CACCAAAAAAUCAUGUACAACUGGGGAACAGGUUUUACUUAUUAUUCCUUGUAAGAAAGCUGAUGAUCGAUCGACUGCGAUGUUGAAUAUGAAGAGCAAGAGAUGAUGUCCACCUCUGCCGCGACGAACGACAUACGGAUUAGGAGGCGUGAUUUGACACCUGUGUGAGUCGCUGGAAUUAUAUGCGGGUUUCUCCGGCGAUAGCUAACUUCGGACGUUUCCGGCGACAACCGACGGGUCGUUUGCAGUUUGUUCUGGGUAAAUUCUGGAACUCUCCCCAGAUCAGCCCUAUCAACACGAGGAGCUUGCGUGUCGCAUUACGGUGCUCCGAGCACCAGUUCUUGUUUCAGCGCAGAUGUUUCCCGACACCGUUCCUGUCUGCCAGGGAACUUCUCGGCUUGGAUGAUAGGGAGCACGACGUACCCUAUCCAGGAGAGGAAUAUCGCUACAAGAACGAACGAUGCAUCGUACUCGAAGAGACGAUCUUGUGGCUCAUAGACAUGGUCGAGAAAGAGGCACCUGGCAUUUUCGAAUUCAAACGGCUCCCGAGAUACGCUCGUUGCACAUUGUUGUUCCGGCGUCGGCAGUCACCCGCGCAGUUACCUGUCACCGCUGACGAAAUUGCGGGACACACGCUGCUGCCGAAAAACCGCGAGCAGGCGUUUGAAACGGCACGUCUGGAGCACUUCAACCUUCAAGCCGGUGCCAGGAAUCGACGAGAUACGGAUCACGAGACACGCAUGGAAGACAAACUGUGGUCAGCCCUGGUGGUAAAGAGUGCCCGGAAACGCCAGUGUCGCGGAGGACAGUUUCUUUUUCACUUUCGUACGAACGAUCCCGAUGUUGGCAUGGUUCUUGCGUGCCAGCCCGAAGACAAGCUUCUGGUCUGUGCACCGCGUGAGGUACGCGUGCGGUCUCCACGCAACGCCCCAUCCACCAGGUGCUGGGUUUUUUGUCAAGACCUUCCUCUGGUUGACUCGGUCGAUUCAAAACAGAGUGCGACGGAAUCUCUCGCGGGAGCCCUUGAACGCGUGAGGCAGGAGUUGAAGCGUCGCAGCUUCGAAAGCUGGCGUGAAGCCGUCGUCUCUGAAGGCAGGUACCGAGCUCAUUACUAUCGUCUGCAAGCACUCGCGCAUCUGGUUUUUUAUAUCAGUUGCAAUCAUCUCUUCCUCCGAACCAGCCAGCAGCCACAAACUCCGAGGUAACUCCACCAUCUCAACAGUGUGACCUUGCUGACUACUUGCUGUGACCUUGCUGACUACGUCAUUCCUAUCAUGAUGUUUACAAGUCAGCUGCAAUGUUGCCAUGUGUGGAAGCUGGAGAGCUCAUUACUAUCGCCUGCAAGCACUCGCGCAUCUGGUUUAUAAGUCAGCUGCAAGGCCAUGUGUGGAAGCUGGAGAGUUCGGGGCCCUCCAUAACCUACUAGUAGCCGAUCUGCGCUGUAUUCAUCGUUCGGCUCGCAUUCUGCCCGGUGCUUGUCGCAGUACGAAAGUCAAUUUGAAGCGGACUUUGGUUUCAAAAAAUGGUGGUCGGAUUGAGGUUCCUUAUGACGUCACGGACGGGUUUGAUUGUUUCGUGGCAAUGGUCUACGAUACUAUGGAUCCGACGCAAUUCCAGGGCGCUUUUUUUCUGUCAAAAGGCUUUCUGCUGAAGUCUGGCUGUGUCUCAGUAGCAAGAGUAGGUGGACGCUGUUCCAUCACGUUACGCGUGCCAUUAUGUGGCACCUCGUGUGUCCAAGGAAAAGUGACACGAAACAGCAAUCGACGAACAUCUGCAUGUGCUGACGACUACUACAUGGACUUGCGUCCGGAAUUCAUCAACAAAGAAGAUAUUGUGAGAAGUAUUAGCGCACUGCUGAAUACCGUGAGGAUAGAAAAUUCGAAGCUCGAUUUAGAGGAAGAAUCCUUUCAAGUGCAUGCACAGAUCGGUGUCCUGUGUCCUGCUUCUGCGAAAAGGAGGGCAUAAUUUCUAAUGCCUCGUCCAAUGAUUUUUUUCGCGUGUGCCGACCUUGUUUUCGUUGCGAAUUUAUCCGUGCGCGUCUGUGGUUUUCUGUGUGACCCUGAUCGAAAGGACAAAAAGAUUGAAGAAAUGGCAGGAACGCACACAUGAAGAUCAG